AUGAAAUAUAUUUGCCAACAUGAGGAAACGGAAAAGUAUCUCAAAAAGUGGCCAGGGACGAAGACUCUUCUUAUCGCCACGUUUUUCUUUUGGAAGCCGGGACGCACUCUUCAAAAGAGCCUCCGGGGGUUGGUGCGAGGGAUUAUUCAUUCUAUUCUGUCACAGUCGGCAGAGCUCAUACCACUGCUGUUUCCGAAGCAUUGGAAUACUGCUUUCAGCGGAGUACGACCAGUUAUUGAUGAAGACGAUGAAGUUCUCGCUGCAUUUCGUAAGCUAUCUGACUUGGACAGCAUCUACGCUACUAGCAAGAUAGCCGUUUUCAUUGACGGCUUGGACGAAUUCGAGGGAGAUCUUCCCCAAAUGAUCAAGAUUUUAAAAGCUUGGGUAUCUGCUAGGCUACCCGAUGUCAAGAUCUGUGUGUCUAGUCGAGAAGAGAUUGAAUUGCAGGAGGCCUUCAAAAUGAAUAAACAAAUAAAUGUGGUUAUUUGUGACGGCACGCCGGUCAUAGUCCAUAUCCUGGCAGCGUUAAGUGGUAUGUUCUGGUAUUUUAAUUUCAAAGGUGCCAUGAUCGACCUUACGAAGCAUCUGCCUCUUGAGUUUGUCCUACUCGCAACGACACUUGUCUGGUAUCCACUAAAAGUGCAUGGGUUCCUUGAUGUGGUUGCGGGGUAUUUGGAGCAGGGUAUCUCAGCCCGACAUUUGUCCCAGUACGACACAGAACUGUCGUACUGGGAGUAUUUUCAAAAGCAUGUUCUCAUGUCGUGGUGUCCCGGCUGGCCAAUACCGUUCCCUCUUUCCCUUCGAUCUUCACGGCAGGAUGGGAACCGGAUCUCGUUGCACCAGCUCUUAGGGGUGUUAGUCCCUCCUAAGUUCGCGACUGUUCUUCAGGAGAUGAUCGAUUGGCAUCUUGCUCACGAGGAGGAACUGACAGCAGAGCAGCUGAUCGAGGUGAAAGAGCUCUUUGGACCAAAGGUGUGGCCCUUGCUCACUCUGGAGAGUAUCGAGGAGCUGCAUAUGGAAGGGAAUCAACAGAUCCCAAACCCAUACUCAGAUCACGGAAACAGAACCGCGAUACCGCAGCAACUGGCCCGCGAAGUGGAGACCCGCUUCUUCUUGGCCAUCAACGUCACUCGGCGCUCGUCCAUGCCAGUUGCAAGAGAGCCGGAGGGAGCGGUAGUCUUCUCGACGAAUUAUUUUGUCGGCCAGGAUGAAAUUUCCCUGGAAGAUGCGCAGGGAACGCUGAAGAUCUACGAUGACACCAAGACGGCGUCGGGGAAUGUUGCCAAGCGUCACUUUUGCUCGAACUGUGGAAGUCCGAUCUACACCACCACUCCGAGUGCUCCGGGGAAACUGUAUCUGAAGGCGGCCUUGUUCGACACGAUCUCCUCACCGAAGCUGGCUGUGUUCAAGGAGCGACAGCCGCAGUGGGCGACGUUGACGGGUGCGGAGGGGGAGAUUUAA